CAAAAAAUAAGAAUUCCUGAGCCAUAAACAGUGUAAGUGGCCUACAUAUCGCACAACUUGGCAUGUGUGACACGAAUAAAUUCCAAGCAGAGAGCAACAUGUUACUGAGCUGAGAAACACAACAGAGCUCUUCAGGGAGCUUCAUGUAAAUCUCUGUGCUGAUAAAAGAGGCGGAUAAACAACAACAUUCCUCUGUGACACUGCUGCUCAUAGUAAAAGGCCAACACCCCCCAAAACCCAGUGUAAGCAGAGGCUUCUUUGGCUCCUAUGACGGGACUGACCAUCGUCUGAAUCAGCCGCCUAACACACAAAGCGGCUGAUUCAGACGAGCUGGUAAUGACUUGAACUUCGUCCAAACAAAAACUCUCCGACUGUGACCACACAGGGCAUUUCCACCUACCUGUAGGUUUCCGCUUCCGCCUCAUCUUCCUUUUUCCAGGUUUGGGCGGAGUCGUUUCUACCUGAUCGGGACAGGUAGGUGAUUUAAGCAUUAAAUAAUGGCGUUAUAGUCGGACUUUAGCGCGCGUUCAUCGACUUCACAGUAUGAGCCGUCCGCCCCGUUCAAACCGGGGACACCGGGAGAGAAACGGAGACCACCGACAAUACCGGGACUCCCACGAUGAUAGACGUUCAUCACCAGACAGGUCUUCCUCUACGCCCCCGUACUACCCCAGAGAAGCCGACUCCCCUCCCAAACAUGUGCGGGACGUCCCGCGAGUGGAGCACCGUGACUCCAAAUGCACACACAUCUGCUCCAGGAGAGGUAUCGUGCUGAUCUGCGCUGUACUGACCAACGCCCUGGUCCUGAUCUGUGUGGUGGCGGCUCAGAUGGUGUCAACAGGCCUGUCCUCGGCCUCGGCGCUGGGCGGCUUCAACAUCAACUCCAACUUUAACCUGCAGGGCACUGAGCUGCAGAAGGCACGAGAGCUGGACAUGCAGUACAGCCAGAUGAGAGCGCCGGGGAUCUACGGCGGCCUCUCCUUCAGCCUGACCUUCGGGGUCAUCUCGCUGCUGUUUGUGGUCGCCGGGAAUAAACCCCCCCACCUGAUGUCCAGGAAGCUUCUGGUGGGGGCGUUGUUGUUUCAGGCGGUGGGCGCGGUGGCGUACGUGGUGGCUGUCGGUCUGUACCUGCAUUUCAUCAUCAGUGUCAACUCCACAGAUGUUUGCCAGCAGCGGGAGAGGCUGUACGCACGCAGCGGCUACACCUGGAUGAACUGCGACGUGGGCGGGGCGGACGCAGCCGUGGCUCUGUUUGGGCUCAUCACGGCUAUCCUGUACACCGCCGGCACGGUGCUCACGAUCCAGACCAUCCGCCGAGUGAAGCGCUACCUGCAGGAGCGAAAACGCAGAGAGGCGGAGAGGCAGCGGCACCGAACCCAACCACAGAGGGCCCCGCAGAGGGCUGACACCAGCUCUGUGUGAGGGACAUCUGGAGACUGUAUCAUGAAGCUACCCAACAUGUUUGGGUUUAAGUCAGGUAUCAUGAUGCCUGCUCACUUUUAACUGAGGUAGAUCUCCAUGGAAACCUGUUGCACAACUCACCUGCUCUGAUGCAGGUUCAGAGCAUCAGGUCAAGAUGUGUCAACAAACGGACUACUGGAUAAAAUACUUCCUGUAUCGCUACUGGUUCUCACCAUGGACAAAUGUAACAGAAUAUAGAUAUAUUUUUAUAGGUUUUAAUCACUGCGGAGUCUUUGAAAGGUCACGGCAGGAUUUUCUUUUUUCUUUUUGAACUACUUUUGUGUUCCCUCACAUUGGGUUUACAAUCCCUUGCCAUACAUUUUUCAUUCUUUCUGAUCCAUAGAGGAAGAUUCAGUUCUGACAGCUGCAUAAUAUUUUUUAAUUACAGCCCCUGGUUGUUUGUAUCAUAGCAGCUAAUGUUAAGACAACUAGUGGAGGCUACAUAGUUCUCUAAACUCUAUUAAUAAUGCAAAUGAACAAUAAUAUGAAGCGUUGUGGUGAAGCUAUUCUUGAACUUCUGUUGUGAUAGAAGCUCAGGUCAUAAAGCCUUAUGAUGCUCUCUUAUGGAAGACCUGAGAUUUUAAUUUCAUAUUUUAAUAGGCAUUAGAAAUAGGAAAUUUAUAAAUGAAUGAUUUAUCCAUCAAUAAAUACUUAAGAUUUCAUUAUAAAACACGCAUUAAAUAAACCAUGUAGAAAUAGAUUUAUUAAUUCAUGAGUAAACAAUAGAAUUUGAAAAACUAUUUGAAAAGGCAUGUUAAAAAUGGGAAUGAAUAACAGGAUUCCCUCUUCAAGAAUUUAUAAAUGAAUUAUUAAUCCAUCAAUAAAUGAUUAAGAUUUAAAAAUGGAUUUAUAAAAACCAACUGGUUAACUCUCCAACUUGUUGAGCUUGUUACAUCCCAUGGCCAGUUGGGAUUGUUCAGCCUGGUUUUUCCAGCACUGAAGGCCCAGAGUGUCAAUUUUUUUUAUUCAUGAAUUAAAAAAUGUAUUUAUACAUUUAUUUAAUGAGAGUUUUAUGCUGUUUUUGUAAAUCUAAACUAUUUAUUGACGAUUAAUCGUUCAUUAAUUACUUUUACAAUUCCUAUUUUUAAUGCCUGUUAAAAUAUGAUUAAGGAAAUGCUUUAUUACUUUUCCUGUGACAUCCCUGGUCCUUUACACUUUCCCAGCUAAUGUCUGUACAUGAGCAGCUAGCCACAGAGCAGCUUAUCCGUAGCAAAAGCUAUAGAAACAGCCGCAGCUGUAGUUUGUAUCCACAGUUCCACAGCUUCAGCCGUAGCUGAGCCUACAACCCAGAUAACCAGCUCCAGCUGUGGUUACAGUGGCUGCUCUGCCUUUCUCUGUGGAUCAGGAGGAAUGUAAAGACGUAUCGCUAAAAUAGAGCCACAAAAAUCCCACUGUGGCCUUUCAGGGGUUUGUACACCAUGAUCAUUUUGUCAAAUACAGAUUUCUUUUUCUUUCUUUUUUUUUUUUUUUUUUUUUGCAUAAACCAUCGGCCCACACUAGGAUUAAAAAGGGACUUCUAACAGAUAUAGUUUACAUCACUGACACCCUAAUAAUGAAUGAGGGUGAAAGCUGCCUAUUAUUUUCAGUAAGUUUCCUUCAGUCCUGAAGUGAAAAUGCUUUUAACUUCUGGUGUAAGCUUUUUUAAAUUCAAUGAUAACUGUGAAUAAAAAGUCAUUAUUGAUUAUGCAGACUGUAUUUUCCUCUCUGUUGUUUUCAAGUAUCAGAUUCUGCUUGUGCGAUUUUAUUGUUUAUAUUUGACCUCUGACUUUUUGCUGCUGCAGUAACUAAUUUUCCUGAGGACACCACAGUUUUUGAUGAUGUAAUUUUCUGAUUGUCUCGUGGGGGGAUCAGUAAAACCAGAUUGUUGUUCAGGAUCAUUAAUAGGUGGUGCAGGGAAAACCAGAUUAAGUGCUUUGUGAUACAGUCCCACUCCUGUGAGUUUAUAUGUUGGAUUAGACUGUGUGCACUCAGAGGGAUUUAAAUGUGUGUAACUUGUCUGCUUGUAUGUUUUUUAUAUCAGUCUUUAUAAUGUUUUUAAUACUGUAACUCAGCCGUACAACUUGUUUUGAAGAUUUUUUCUCCUCAGAUUAAAUGUGACUGUUCAACACA